AUGGACUCUAAAAAGUUUUCAAUGUUUUUUGGUGAUGUGCCAGUAUUUACUAUUCCAGGCAGAACUUUUCCAGUCGAUGUAUUGUGGAGUAAAACUCCCUGUGAAGACUAUGUAGAUAGUGCAGUAAAGCAAAUCUUAUCAAUUCAUGUUACUCAAGGCGAAGGUGAUAUAUUGGUAUUUAUGACGGGUCAAGAGGAUAUUGAAACUACCUGUGCUACAGUCGAGGAGCGUAUUAAACAGUUGGGUUCUUCUGCACCACCACUUACAUUAUUACCCAUCUAUUCUCAAUUACCAUCUGAUAUGCAAGCUAAAAUCUUUGAAAAGGCCGACAAAGGUUCAAGAAAAUGUAUUAUAGCUACCAAUAUUGCAGAGACAUCCUUAACUGUAGAUGGUAUUCUUUAUGUAAUCGACACUGGCUAUUGUAAACUAAAAGUAUAUAAUCCAAGAGUCGGUAUGGACUCUCUCCAAGUCACACCAAUUAGUAAAGCCAAUGCUAAUCAACGUUCAGGUAGAGCUGGUCGUACUGGUCCAGGUAGAUGUUAUCGUCUUUAUACCGAAUCUGCUUACAAACACGAGCUAAUGGAUAACAACAUACCCGAAAUUCAACGUACCAAUCUCAGCAAUGUAGUAUUAAAUUUAAAAUCAAUGGGUAUCGAAAAUUUAUUAGAUUUUGAUUUUAUGGACCCACCUCCACAAGAUAAUAUUUUAAAUUCAAUGUAUCAACUUUGGGUUUUAGGUGCAUUGGAUGACUCUGGCAAAAUCACAGAACUAGGUCAAAAGAUGGCAGAGUUUCCAUUAGAUCCCCCACUUUCUAAAAUGGUUAUUAUAGGGGAAAAAUUAGGAUGUGCUGAUGAUAUUGUAACUGUUGUUUCCAUGCUUUCUAUUCCAUCAGUUUUCUAUAGACCAAAAGGUGCCGAAGAGGAGAGUGAUGCAUCAAGAGAGAAGUUUUUCGUACCAGAAAGUGAUCAUUUAACAUUACUUCACAUUUAUCAACAAUGGAAAAUAAAUCAAUUCUCAUCACAAUGGUGUGCAGAACAUUUUAUUCAUGUCAAAGCUAUGCGUAAAGUUAGAGAAAUUCGUGGUCAACUUUUAGAUAUUAUGAAGCAACACCACAUGAAAAUCGAAUCGUGUGGUAGUAACUGGGAUCUUAUUAGAAAGGCCAUUACCUCAUCCUAUUUCCAUCACUCUGCUAAAAUUAAAGGUAUUGGUGAAUAUGUUAAUAUGAGAAAUGGUAUGCCAUGCUUCCUUCAUCCAACUAGUGCGCUCUAUGGUUUAGGCUAUGCCCCAGACUACAUUGUUUAUCACGAAUUGGUUAUGACAUCUAAAGAAUAUAUGCAAGUCGUUACAGCAGUAGAUGCCCAAUGGUUAGCAGAAAUGGGUCCAAUGUUUUUCUCAAUUAAAAAAUCACUUAAAGAUAAAAAAAGAAAAUUGGAUAAAAUAGAGGAUAAAAUAGAGGAUAUAAAUGAAAAAGAUAAGGAUAAAGAUGAAAACGAUAAUCAAAAAGAAAUUUUAGAAAAUCCAAUUAAAAAAAUAGGAAAUAAAUUAUUAUCAACCUCGACAUCAGUGGUUACCUCUUCAAAUAAUAGCAACUCUACAAAUAAAUCAAAAGAAAAAACUACGAGUAAUAAUCCGAGAAAAACUAAAAGAUUUGGUUUAUAA